AUCACCCGCUCGCCGAGAGCGAGGAUGUGCGUAUUCUUCAGGAGAACGGCCGUCACUCCCUCAUCAUCUCUCACGUGACCAAUGACGAUGAGGGUUUCUACACUGUGACGGCCACGAACAGUCACGGAGAGGCCGAAUGUUCUGCUGAGCUCUACAUUCAAGAGCCACGGCCGGCCAUCUCCUCGCAGAUGGCGAAACUGGAGAAGAUGCCAUCCAUACCGGAGGAGCCCGAGGUCCCUGAGAAUGAAGUUGAGCGUUUCACAAUGCCCGACUUCAUCAAGCCCCUUUAUGAUCUGGACGUCAUUGAGGGGAAGGAGGCUGUUCUCAAAUGUAAAGUGGCCGGAUUGCCGUAUCCCACCAUCGCCUGGUUCCACAACGGCAAAAGAAUCGAAAGCACGGAGGACAGAAAGAUGACACAGUUUCGCGAUGUCCACAGUCUGGUCAUCCGCUCAGUGUGCCACGCGCACGGUGGGGUCUACAAGAGCGUCAUCUCCAACAAAAUAGGAAAGGCCACUUGCUACGCUCAUCUCUAUGUCACGGGUAAUUCUCCUUUUGAAUCAUUUUCACAAACAU